UCCCCCGGCCCCGUCGCCGUCGCCAUGGGCAAUGCGGGGAGCAUGGACUCUCAGCAGACGGACUUCAGGGCGCACAGUGUGCCGCUCAAGCUGCCCAUGCCCGAGCCCGCGGAACUGGAGGAGAGGUUCGCCGUCGUGCUGAAUGCAAUGAAUUUGCCUCCUGACAAAGCAAGGCUACUUCGACAGUACGACAACGAGAAGAAGUGGGAGCUGAUCUGUGAUCAGGAAAGAUUUCAAGUCAAGAAUCCUCCACACACAUAUAUCCAGAAAUUAAAAGGCUAUCUCGAUCCAGCUGUAACUAGGAAGAAAUUUAGGAGAAGAGUUCAAGAAUCUACACAAGUAUUACGAGAACUAGAAAUUUCUUUAAGAACCAAUCACAUUGGGUGGGUCAGGGAGUUUUUGAAUGAAGAAAACAAAGGCUUGGAUGUUUUGGUAGAGUAUUUGUCUUUUGCACAGUAUGCAGUCACGUUUGACUUUGAAAGCUUGGAAAACAACAUGGAAAACUCAAUGGAUAAAUCUAAGCCUUGGAGUCGAUCCAUUGAAGACCUCCACCGAGGAAGUAACCUCCCCUCUCCCGUUGGCAAUAGCAUUACCCGCUCUAGCAGACAUUCUACUCUACGGUAUAACACCUUACCAAGCAGAAGAACACUUAAAAAUUCAAGAUUAGUGAGUAAAAAGGAUGAUGUCCAUGUCUGCAUCAUGUGUUUACGUGCCAUCAUGAAUUACCAGUACGGGUUCAAUAUGGUCAUGUCGCACCCCCAUGCUGUUAACGAAAUUGCACUAAGUCUGAACAACAAGAAUCCCAGAACAAAGGCGCUGGUCUUAGAACUGUUGGCAGCAGUUUGUCUUGUAAGAGGAGGGCACGAAAUCAUUUUGUCUGCCUUUGAUAAUUUUAAAGAGGUUUGUGGAGAAAAGCAGAGGUUUGAGAAGCUGAUGGAACAUUUUCGAAAUGAAGAUAACAAUAUAGAUUUCAUGGUGGCGUGUAUGCAGUUCAUCAACAUAGUGGUUCACUCAGUAGAGGACAUGAAUUUCAGAGUUCACCUUCAGUAUGAAUUUACUAAGCUAGGCCUGGAUGAAUACCUAGAUAAACUGAAGCACACAGAAAGCGAUAAGCUGCAGGUGCAGAUUCAAGCUUAUCUGGACAACGUGUUUGAUGUCGGAGCUUUACUUGAAGAUGCGGAAACCAAGAACGCUGCCUUGGAAAGAGUAGAAGAACUGGAAGAAAAUAUAUCUCACUUAUCAGAAAAACUGCAAGAUACAGAAAAUGAAGCUAUGGCAAAGAUUGUGGAACUGGAAAAACAACUCAUGCAGAGGAACAAGGAACUGGAUGUUGUUCGAGAAAUAUACAAGGAUGCGAACACACAGGUUCACACGCUGAGGAAAAUGGUCAAAGAGAAAGAGGAAGCUAUUCAACGACAGUCAACGCUGGAGAAGAAGAUCCAUGAACUGGAGAAGCAAGGGUCCAUUAAAAUUCAGAAGAAAGGAGAUGGUGAUAUCAACAUUCUUCCUGUUGGGGUGGCUUCUGGGACAUUGCCCUCAGGGGCAGAAGCUGCCACGGGCACUUGUGGAGGAUCAGCUUCUGGCUCUGCACCUUCGGUUCUGUUGCCCCCUCCACCACCACCCUUGCCGUUGUCAGAAUCAGAAUCGGAAGCAGUUCAAAAUGGUCCUGUGACACCGCCAAUGCCUCCUCCCCCUCCACCGCCUCCUCCCCCUCCUCCCCCACCUCCUCUUCCUGGCCCAGCUGCAGAACCAGGACUGGCCCCUCCGGUCCCACCCCCACCCCCACCAUCAGCGCCUCCUCUUCCAGGAACAGCGUCCCCUACAGUCGUUUUCAACUCAGGAUUAGCAGAUGGGCCAAUCAAGCUUUUCUCUGUGAAAAUCAAGAAGCCAAUUAAGACAAAGUUCCGCAUGCCAGUUUUUAACUGGGUGGCUCUGAAACCCAAUCAGAUUAACGGGACAGUCUUCAAUGAAAUUGAUGACGAAAGGAUAUUGGAGGAUUUAAAUGUGGAUGAAUUUGAAGAAAUAUUCAAGACAAAAGCCCAAGGCCCGGCCAUUGAUCUUUCUUCAAGCAAGCAAAUAACUCAAAAGGGAUCGAACAAAGUCACGCUAUUGGAAGCAAACAGGGCUAAAAAUCUUGCGAUCACCUUAAGGAAAGCUGGAAAGACUGCAGAUGAGAUAUGCAAAGCUAUUCAGGCGUUCGAUUUGAAGACUCUACCAGUGGAUUUUGUCGAAUGCCUGAUGAGAUUUUUGCCCACGGAAAAUGAAGUGAAAAUGUUGCGGCUUUACGAGCGGGAGAGGAAGCCCCUUGAGAACCUCUCAGAUGAGGAUCGUUUCAUGAUGCAGUUCAGCAAGAUUGAGAGGCUGAUGCAAAAGAUGACCAUCAUGGCAUUCGUUGGCAAUUUUGCAGAAAGCAUCCAGAUGCUGACUCCACAACUUCAUGCAAUAAUUGCAGCAUCUGUCUCAAUAAAGUCAUCUCAGAAACUCAAGAAAAUCCUGGAGAUAAUCUUGGCUCUGGGUAACUAUAUGAACAGCAGUAAACGAGGAGCUGUUUAUGGAUUUAAACUGCAGAGCUUAGAUCUGUUACUAGACACAAAAUCGACAGACAGGAAACAAACUCUAUUGCACUAUAUAUCAAAUGUUGUGAGAGAGAAAUAUCAGCAAGUAUCGCUUUUUUACAAUGAGCUUCACUAUGUGGAGAAAGCUGCUGCAGUAUCCCUUGAAAAUGUUCUGUUGGAUGUAAAGGAACUCCAAAGAGGUCUCGACCUAACGAAGCGAGAGUACACCAUGCACGAUCACAACACCAUGCUGAAGGAGUUUAUUCAGAACAAUGAAGGGAAACUGAAGAAGCUGCAGGAUGAUGCAAAAAUAGCUCAGGAUGCGUUUGAUGAUGCUGUGAAGUAUUUUGGAGAGAAUCCCAAGACAACACCUCCAUCAGUCUUCUUCCCAGUCUUUGUUCGAUUUGUGAAGGCUUACAAGCAAGCGGAAGAGGAGAACGAGUUGAGAAAAAAGCAACAGCAGGCAUUGAUGGAAAAACUUCUGGAGCAGGAGGCACUGAUGGAGCAGCAAGACCAAAAGUCUCCGUCUCAUAAAACGAAGAGGCAGCAGCAAGAGCUGAUUGCAGAGUUAAGACGGCGACAAGUCAAGGACAAUAGACAUGUGUACGAGGGGAAGGAUGGAGCCAUCGAAGAUAUCAUCACAGCCUUAAAGAAGAAUAAUAUCACUAAAUUUCCAAAUGUUCACUCGAGGAUCUUAGAAACCAGCCCUACAGACGAGCCGAUGCGGUGAGGAGAAGCGUGAGGCGGCGUUUUGAUGAUCAGAAUUUACGCACUCUCAACGGUGCUGAAAUAGCCAUGUGAGCCGGAUUGGGAGAACGUGCAUGUGUAAAGUAGAACGUGUGCUUGAUUGAUUCCUUGCCAUGUGAACUAUAUUUGCGCUACCAUUCUAAUUGUGGACUUUAUUGCAGUACAUUAACUUAUCUUCUGAAGGGCUCAAUAACAACAGCAAACACAUAGGAACACAGAGGGAAAAAAUAAGGGGGGAAAAAGAUGAGCUCUCCACUCAACUGUAACUACCAAGUGCCUAAAAUUCAAUUACCUGCUCAAAUUAAUCAAAGCAAUAGGACUUUAUUUGAUUGGGUAUUGUUUUACACCAAUAAAUUUGUUCAGUGUUUUUAACCAAAAUGUAAAAUACAUAUUGUAUUUUUGUUUUGUUUUGUUACAUACCAUUUAGUGAAUAGCCUUCAGUGGGCUUUCUUGAUCUCAUGACUUGUAAAUAGGUAAUACUUGGAAGUGAUCCGCUGUGGAUUUUUUUAAUGAUUUCAAUACAUUCCUCCUGGAAAGUUUGACUUAGUUUUGAGAUUCUGUUGCACUUAUUAUGAUGAUGAUGUAUGCAUACAUCUUCAUAUGCAUAUGUAAGGACUUACCAUAUACGAAGGGGAGAAACUCAUUAAAUUUUACCCUUUUAAGAAAAAUGCAUUCCUCUUAAGGGUGGGGAAAACAUCCAGAAAACAGAAGUUGAUGUAGAUGUGAUUACAUUUUACAAAGGGUUAAACUUAACUGGGAUAAGAAAGGCUUGGAUAGUGGGGUUUCGGCUGUAAAUAGGAUGUGAUAACAUAUGGCUUAUUUUAAAUACACAGCUACCUGCUUUCAGAUUCUACCUGCUAUAUACCAGUUGGUAGUGAAGCUGAAGUGAGGAGGUAUAGCUCAUAGAACACAAUGCAAACACAGAAGAAUCAUGGAUGAAAUUCCACUACUGUUUUCUACAGGUAGAGGCAGCUUUUGGGUAACAAUGUUAUUUAUUAAUUAGCACUAAGAUAUUAACUUCUCAGUAAUCAGUAUUAUAAUUCCUGAGGACCACAACUGUUCAGUUGUCAGAAUAAUGAAAAUCUGGUGCCCUGCCGAAAAUUUAGGAUACCCUCCAUAAAUAAGCUUGAACCUCCAUUCCACAAGAAAUUCUGCCAUGUGACAAUCCAGGGUGGCUCAUAAAGUAAGAGCUGUCUCUCAGCUGAAAUGUAGCUAGUUAACGAAACAGUUUAUCACUGCAUACAUUCUCAAACCUGAAAUAGAUUUUUUUUAUCCCAGUUCAGAUCUGCUGAUGGAUGCAGCAUCUUACAAGAAGUGUAAGUCAGAUGUGCAGUUGGAAAUUGUAAAUGUAUUUGCACUUCAUUUCUUCCAAACAUGUGGGUUUAAUAGGGAAGGCACAAGCUGUUGAACGCUACAGUGCACAGAUGACUUUCUCAUUUUAGAAAUGCAUCUGCCUUGCGCUUGUGGCUAUCCUUUCCAGAUUAGAGUGCUUGUAUUUCAAAUUUUUAAUUACCAAGAGCGGCCAUUGCCAACCCCACCUAUUGCUUACAAGGCAGGGCACUUGAUUUUCUCUCCCAAGUCAAAAAUCAGACUAAAGUUAAGGGACAUCUUGCUUACAGCUUUCCUUUCCUGGUAGCACUGCAUCACUGUUAAUUGUAAAAUUUAUUGUAUAGUAUUUAACCACUGAAUUAUUUUCUUUUUUGUUGUGCUUAUGUGAACCACUGGUAAAGGUCCCAUAUUCCUUUAAUAAUGUGUAGUUAUAUGAUAAUGUUUCUAAAUGUACAGAUAUUUUGCUACAAAUUUGGUGCUUUUUAUGGUUUUUACACUUCUCUUUAAUUCCCACUCUAGCCUCGGGGUAAUAUUGUAAAUAUUGUUUAAAAAUGCAUCAGCCUGUGCUAUACAAUCUGAAUGUUCUUUUAACUUAUAGUUUUGUUUUUUUAUAUUUAACUAAAUGGACAGUUUGGGGCUCAAAAGUUAUUACAUUGACAUUUGCUUAACUAUUUACAGAGAGGUUUAUUUUAAACAAACUGCCAAUUGUUCUCUCAAUUUACAGCAAUGUGUACUUGACAUGUUAAAGAGAACAUGCCAUGAUUGUGCCAUUUUCCUUCACAGAAAGAUGAAUGUUUAGGUUUGGGGGAAGCACCAUUUGGCAAUAUAAUUCAAAGAUUUAAGGAGCUAUGAGAAAUCACAGUAUACUAAAAAUAUUUAGAAAGGAACAAUGGGCUGUAAUAUUGGCAUGUUCUCUUCGAUAUUUUAUCUAGUAACAGACCUGCUUCUUAGCAAUAUUAUAGGUGUUUUAUAAAAGCAGUUCAUGUUACUUUUCUGAUCUGUUCAUGGCAUAUGAUUGAAUAAACUAUUUACACUACUACAAAUGA